UUCGAUGAAAGAUGUUAGACAAGAUGGAAAUUUUAUUCGAGAUCGGUCAGAAUAGUUUCAACGAGACGAGCAUCGAAGGAAAUAGAUCAUGAAAUGCACGGUUGCCAUUCAAGGCUGUUCCUUUUCAUCCCAUUCAUCGAUUCGAUAAACAUGCCCAGACAGUCAUUACUGUCGGAAAUCUUUAAUUGGAGCUUGUCGACGAGGAACGGUAAAAAAAAAACAUGGUGCGUUUCAACCGACUCGCAAUUUCUUGCGUCUUUCCCGCAAAAAGCUUGUCUGUUCGCUAAUUAGUUUUAAUUACUCGCGUCUGACAAAAAGGGUCGACACAUUGGAUCGACUAAAUCGUUUGGCGCUAUAAUAUUUUAUACCUCUCGAGAUAUAUAUAAAACGUGAAUGGUUGGCGAGGAUGGUUUUCGCGGUAAUUGAGGAAAAUUAAAAUUCGGAUGUAAGAUGGAAAGCGGCGCGGUCAAUAGCGAAACACGAUACGAAGAGGAAAAACACAGGAUAAAUUUAAUCAAGCAAGCAACGCACAACUCGGCCGUCAUAAACAACCCGAGAAAACAACGCUAUUCAAUCGAACGAUACGAUAACGAACACUCGAGACGAGAAAAUAAUCAUAAUAAUUCGUAACGGAAGUCGCAAGAAAGCAAACGCACGGUCUUUGUUACGGUCUCGAAUAGAAAAAUUAAUUAACAAACAUUGUCAUUGUCGCAACAAACAUUACAAUCUACGAUGAAAAUUUCCUAAUUUCUCUUAGCGAGUAAUCAAAAAACAAUUAAUUCGGUAUACUUUUAUCAUCUUCAAAUCUGGAAUGAAAAUCUUACCGAAAAAUAGGAAAUAAAAUUGUAUAAAAUUGACUCAAAAUAUCGAGAAAUCAAGAUUCUAUUCUGUUCAAUUAAUAUUACGAAUAAUGUAUAAUUUUUUUUUUUUUUACUAAUAACUUAAUUCUUUGGAAAAUGGCGCGUUGAUCGAAUUAACGAGAGACAAGGAGUGGGGAUAAAACGAAAGCCACGGAUACGUAUGGUCAAACACGAGCACCCCACGUGUCACGAUUCCCACGAAGGAGGAACAGCGAGGAGCACGGCGUGUGGAUGCACAGCACGAGGCGGCAAGCGCAAUUUGCAACGGAGAACGUACGUAUUAACGAGAUUCCAUUCGCGCGGGCCGAAGCUCAAUUCCACGCGUGGCUCACGGGCGCACAACAGGCCUACUAGAUCACCGACACCGCUGCCAAUCGCUGCAUUCCAUCGUUGUAAAAGUGCACAACGGCUGCCUCCAAGGACUACGAGUGGCGAGGGAAGAGGUGGUGGCCGAGAGUCGAAAAGGGAAACUCCGCCGCGGCAGAGGGACGACCGAGAGUCUGUGGCAGACAAACAUUGUCAGAAGCAGUUAGCGUUACGAGGAAAUAAUUAGAAUCGAAGUUCACGGUGGAAUGAUCAGAAGAUACGCUAGCUAAAGACAAGGAAAUCGUUAAUACACGUGGGAUUAUUCGAUAAAGAGGUAGCAGCAUUAAGGAAAUUAAAUAUGUCGAUUAUACACUUGAUAAUUAUUUCAACGAUUGUCGUAUUAACCGAAAAAGUUCAAUUCAGAUGAAGCGAAUAUAAAGAUAUACAAAAAUCGAUAAAGUUAUUCGUCAAAUUUUUAUUG